GCCAGCGCAUGGCAUUGUACUAACACGUGGGUUUACUAUGAAUGGGAGAUGUGUGUAGAAAAUUCUACGCUAGCUGUUGAAUUGUCGAAAUAUUGAAGUUGACCAGAAAUUGGUGUGGGCUUGCCUCCAGAAAGCAGUGUGUGAGAAGGCCCAAGAUGGAUUCCAUGAAACCAAUGUCAUCUACUCCCAAUGGAAAAAUCUGUGGACCCUUCAGUAACGGAGUAUUACCCUCUGAGAAAUCCACUACACCUAUUGCCCCCAUCUGGGUUCCUGCUCCCCUUGGGUAUCACGCAGGAAAGUCAUCUGUAUGCAGAAAACUGCCAGAGUCUGACCAAGUAGAGAUUGAAGUCACCAUGUCCGAAGAUAGCAAUAGUAAUUCAACUAACCCUUCAGACAGUUCAUGGAGUAAAUUGUUAGGCCUUCAGCUCAAAGUUGGGAGUUUUGUUGGGGAGAAGUCGUCUGUAAUUUUCAAGGUUUGUGUGGUGAUAUUUCUGGCCUUGUACUGCGCUUAUUUUGCCUGGGCGCUCCUCCUGAACCACCGGAGAGCCACACCCCUCAUCGUUAUGACCAGCUUAAUCGUGGUUGGUCUACUGUUCUCCUUGGUAAAGAGGAAGGUUGGCCCGUCCCUGCACAAAACCAUGAGAAACCUGAACUUGGCUAUUGAUCUGAAGUGGCACGUCCUGAAAUGGAUCGUGUAUCCCAUAAUAUUUCUCUGUGUUGCCGGGGUGAUAGCGUACAAGGUUUGGGACCGCCCUGAGAAUCUCGUCUCGCUGGGAGGACUUGUUUUCUUCCUGAUGAUUCUCUUCAUCUUCUCUGCCAGGUCCUCUCAGGUGAAAUGGCGUCCAGUUUUAUGGGGACUUGGUCUGCAGAUGGCUCUAGCUAUGUUCAUCCAAUGGGAGUGUGGCUAUGAAGUAUUUCGCUUCCUUGGCAGUCAGGUUCAGACAUUCCUUAGCUAUACAGACGAAGGGUCAAGUUUUGUCUUUGGACAAAAGUUCACAGAACACCCAUUUGCGUUUAAGGUGCUGCCAGUAAUCAUCUUCUUCAGCUGCACUAUCUCCGUGCUCUAUCAUCUCGGGGUCAUGCAGAUCGUCAUCGGGGCCAUCGCCUGGGUCAUGAGGGUCACCCUGGGCACUACUGCAGCAGAGUCGCUGAGCGCGGCAGGCAAUAUAUUUGUGGGGCAGACUGAAGCGCCCAUUCUGAUUCGACCAUAUUUGGAACUGAUGACCAAAUCGGAGCUUCAUGCCAUCAUGACCGGAGGAUUUGCUACCAUAGCCGGGGGCGUCCUAGCCGCUUACAUUCUCUUUGGGAUCCCAGCAGAGCACCUUAUCUGCGCGUCAGUUAUGAAUGCCCCGUGCGCCCUCGCCGUGUCAAAACUCUUCUACCCAGAGACGGAGGAGAGCAAACUGGCCAAGGCCACGGAUUUACCCCAGCAAGAAAAAAAAGAGAGAAAUGUGCUGGAAGCUGCUGCGUCUGGGGCUUCCUCGGCAAUCAUGCUGGUUGCUAACGUAGCAGCUAAUCUCAUUGCCUUCCUAGCGAUGUUAGCGUUCGUGAACGCUAUGCUGGGAUGGUUUGGCAGCAUGGUGGAUCACCCAGAACUAUCUUUCCAGCUGAUCUGUUCCUACAUCUUCAUGCCUGUUGCCUUCCUCAUGGGAGUAGACUGGGAGGAUGCUGGCAUCAUAGGAGAACUCAUCGGAAUCAAAACAUUCCUCAAUGAAUUUGUGGCCUACAAGGAUCUCAGUGUGUACAUCGCCAACAGGAAGGCCUGUAUACAGCCUGCCAUAUCGAUGAGAUCCGAGGUGAUAGCUACCUAUGCCUUGUGUGGCUUUGCUAACCUCAGCUCUAUAGGCAUCCAACUGGGUGGAAUCGGCCCUAUGGCACCCAACAGAAAGGGCGACCUGGCCAGUAUAGCUCUUAGGGCGUUGACGGCAGGUAUCAUUACGUCUCUGAUUACCUCUUGUGUCGCAGGUUUGCUGAUUGUAGAAGACCCAGUCACACUGUGUCAAAUGCCAGUAAAUGUGACAGAAGUUUUGAAUGUGACAUCGUUUAUCAAUGGUACAGAUCUGAUGUUAUAACACAGUGUUUCUGUUAGAAAAUAGUGCUUAUCCCCAUCAUUAAGUUCAUUUUGUGUGCAGUAUUUGACAUUGAUCAUAUUUAAUAGUGAUCUGCAACAUUUUAUGAGAUAACCUUGUUUAUACAAAGCUCAGACAAGCAGCAUUUUGGGGAUCAACACAGUUUGUUUUUUUCCUCGUCUUUUUAUUGUAUAUCGCCUUGUUGAAAACCGUUUAAUUUUAUGUAACUUCACACUUCAUGUGAAUGGUUUGUUUUGUGUUACUUUUCUGUGCAUUUUCUCCUGGUUUUGUUUUUUGCACUAAAGCUGCAUUUGUUUGGAUAAUGAACACUCCCUGAAUUACCCAGCAGCCUCACUGCUUGUGCAGUGGCAGUAACCUCUGGGAAGUCCGAGUCAUACCUUAUUCCUGACACAGAAAUGUACUUUAACACUAAAUGUAAAUGUAACAGCAUAUAAAAAAAAGGAAGAUGACAUAUUUAGUCAAAAAAGCAGUAAAAUUUUAAUUUAUUUGCGUGUUUUCAGUAAAAAACAGUGUAAAAGAAAGCAAAAGAAAAUGUUGACAUCAUUGUGUAGAUAUUCAUGCUAUAUUUAUAUAACCAUAAUAGAAAAACUUUUCAUAAAAUGAAGUUUGCCGGCAGCCAAAAUAAAAAGGAAAAAAGGCAACAAAUGAGAAAAUGCGUUGGGGCUUCGGGGCUCAGUUGGCACUAAUGUGGUCGCUGUGACUUCAAGUCCAGUUCAUGCCUGCUUCCUCUCCUGGCCGCCAUGGUAUAAGUGAAAUAUACUGGAGUACGACCAGAGCUUCGGACACAUAGCAGCAAAGGAAGACGGUAUCCAUCCUGUAGUUAGUGUGCAUUUCUUGACCAAGCUAGACAAAGAAGUUUCCUCCCAAAACUGGAUAUCCAAAUUUUGGGAAACCUGUAUGAAUUUCAAAUGUGACAAAGAAAAGGCUGAUUUGGGAACAUAUUUAAAUAGUACUCUGGUUAAAAUAAAUUAAAGUAAAUUUCUGAUCGAUUGUGUCUAUUCUACAUUUGGAAAAAUGAAAUACAAUGAGUUACUACAAGUUAUGAGUUAAUGUUCUAUUAAGAGAAACAAUAAUCUUUCAGAUGACUAUACAUGGUGAUGAAUUAUGUGGACCUGAUGUGUGAAUUUGCCAACUUUAGGAUGAGUCAUAACUCAGUUCUGAUCAUUUUGCCAAUACGUGGAAAUACAACAAUACGUUUAUCUCUUAUAUGUAAACUUUGGCGAGUGUCAAAUGCUCAGUUUAGAUUUAUCAUUCACAUAUUCAGGGAGGUAAACCCAAAACAGAGUAAACAUUAACAAAUAUACUAAGGCAGAAUUGUCUUGCUAUAUUGUCUUGUGUAAAUAUAAAAGUGUUGAGUGUACAUGAGUAUUUUUCAUAGUUUCCACUUAUUUUGAAUAUGCAAAUUUGUAGCAGACAAGGGAGUAAAAAGGUGCUGUCACAACUUAUAGAUGAAUAUUCCCACUUGUUAUGACCCUCCCUUAGCAAGUUCGGAGGUUAUUAAUAUUGCUGGUGUAAAACAAAAGUGCCUGGAGGACUUAUUGUGAAGAAGUUUUAUUGUCCAGUUUUUGUCCUGGUGAACUUCGCAAUGAUGUAAUCAUACAAAUGACUGAUAUUCUUUAUCAUUUCUUAUCGUCUGGAUUUAUCUGUAUGUGGUGCUAACACUAUGGAUGUCACACAGAGACAUAUGUAAAUCAGUCGUUUGGAGUGGGUAUACAUGUAUAUGCAUAUUUUCUUGUUUUUCAGAUGAAAUUGUUUUUGAGUAUUGGCAUUUGUAAGAAGGAAGACCGCGUAUUUUUUCCUAAAUUUUAGAAUGAAGCCUUUACAAUGCAAUGUGAGUGUGGCUGCAUGCUCGUAAUCUACUAGCGUGAAUGACUUGAAUUUGUUGGGUGGCGGUCGUACAUAUGGUGUAUAUGUUAAUACGUUUGUUAAGGUCAUAGAGUUUAAUACUUUGAGAAAAUGUCUCUUUUUUUUUGUUCUGUAUAUAAAAAGAAUGUUGCAUGAUGUAGUCAAGGUAAAAUGAGCAAUUGCUCGUGUUAAAAUAA